AUGUGGCUGCAGAACUUGCUUCUCCUGGGCACUGUGGUCUGCAGCAUCUCUGCACCCAGCCGCCCACCUCACCCUGUCACCCAGACCCAGCAGCAGCAUGUGGCUGCCAUCAAGGAGGCCUGGAGCAUUCUGAGUCAGAAUAAUGAUACUGAUGCUGUGAUGAAUGAAACAGUAGAAGUCGUCUCUGAAGUAUUUGACCAGGAGGAGCCAACAUGCCUGCAGACCCGUCUGGAGCUGUACCAGCGGGGCCUUCGAGGCAGCCUCACCAGGCUCAGGGGUCACUUGGCUCUAAUCACCAGCUACUACAAGCAGCACUGCUCCUCCAACCUGGAAUCUUCCUGUGAAACCCAGAUGAUCACCUUCAAAAGUUUCAAAGAGGACCUGAAGUCUUUUCUCUAUGAAGUUUCCUUUGACUGCAGAAAUCAAGGUUCCUUCACAAAGCCCCAGAACACCAGUGAGGAGCACUGCUAUGGCCAGUUCACAAAGGAUUUCAUCGUCACCCUGGAGAAACUUAUGGACCAUAACCGGGAAGACAUUCACAUACGAAAGAUUUAUAAGAACAUGGAAACACUCAUUAGAAUCUGCUCCAAACUAAAACUUCUAUUCGGGCCCAUUCAAGGUGAAGACUUAAGGAUGAAGGGCUGUAGGUUUUCCUAUGUUUCCUAG